AUAUUAAUUAAACAUUCUAGUUGACUGAUUUUCUAAUUUCUGAUACUUUAGCAAUCAUUAUUUGGUGUUGACGGAAGUCUUAUCGAUUAUGAAGAGUACGGUGGAUGGGAAGAGGCAUGCGGAUCACUAUACUUCUUCGGAAAUGAAUUAGUGAACUUCAAACAAAAUUUCGACUUUUGCUGCAGCAUUGGCAUGUUGCCUUUGAUGGUAGAAAACAACUGGAAGCGUUCUUGUCUCAGCAAAUUUAUUGACGGCCCGAAUUGGAAGUACAACGUUCGCUUCUGGUCGACUGGAAAACGAAUGGACCCAACCACAUUCGCGUGGUACGACAAGCGAGCCACGUUCAAAACUAACUACUGGCGGUACGCGCAACCAAGCAACACAAACGGGACAGAGGACUGCGUCAUGAUCAACAUUCUGAUGUUUAACAAAACAAUUGUGCAACUAGACGAUCGGAAUUGCGAGCGCUUGACGCCCAACUCGUGUGUUGGCCCAACAACGCCAAAGCCAAAGUGUAGCUUUCCAGAAUGUCCUUUCAUGAAUUGCACAAUCCAUCCUCCUUUCCACACUAUUCUACCCGAUAGAGGAACUUCUUACCUGACUACACCAAAUGAUCAUGGAGUGUGGGUGGAUAUUGAUUACCGGACUUUCAUGCUAAGCAAAGACACGGACAUUAGAACGUUUGACGAAGCACUGGCCGCAUGCUGUGCGCUGGAUUUGACACUGCUGAGUCUGCACCAAGGCUACAAAUUCAACUUUCUCGCCAGGGCUUUCAAAAACCUUUCUGUUGCAACUGGGAAAUUUUGGACGGCCGGUUCGGACGCCGGCUGUGAAGGCACCUACGGCUUCUGCUCGACGAACCGAACCAUCAACUGGAACGAAAGUUUUUGGAUGCCAAAUCAGCCUGACGAUACUGGUCCGAGCAACCAAGACUGCCUAGCGGUCAAUGCUUUCAACAAACAAGCUCUGCUCAGUGACGAACCUUGCACUACAAAGCUCAGAUACAUUUGCGAGGGCAGAACUUCAAACAAGGUGAAGGCUCACGAGUUAGAAUGCGUUGCUGCUUAUAAUAUUACACCAACUGAACUGGCUACGGUUUGGACAAGCACCAAUCCCAGCCCCCGAAUGAAGUGCUUCAUGAAAUGCUACAGUGAAAAUACCAACUUGUUUGCUAAUGGCAGGAUGAAUGAGCCAAGAAUUUAUUCCAACAUUUGGGCAACUUCUCAAGAUAGCGAGGCGACUUUGACGCAAAAUUACGGAACAGCAAGUGUUUGCAAAGCGCAAAGCAGAACCGUGAGAGACAUGUGUGAAAGAGCAUCAGGACUGCUUGGAUGCGGAUUGGUAAAGGCGCCGACUGCAACUAUGAAACUUGUGGCUGCAAUCGAACCAACCAUCACUGAGAAGAAAUCGUGGCUGCCACCAACAACCACUUCACUCUGUCCAAACAAACACCGAUGUGUCAUAAAUCCUGAUUGGCAAAAUGCUAUUUUUGCUGCUGCUAGUGGUUCCACGAUUACGAUGGACGGAAUCACUGGAACAGUUACGGUUGCAUGCGGAAAAAGAUUUUUCACUGGACUCUGGUUCGUGCCGGGAUCUGUCUCGGAGCUGAUGUCUGCAUGUUGCGCGCUUGGCAUGCGUUUGCUGACAAUUGACUCAAAAGCCAAAGUUGACUGCAUGUUUAAAAGCAAAUUACAGGGAACUGCUUUACCAAGCUAUUAUUACUCUACGGCGGCUGUUAGGCUGCCAGGACUUUCCACCAAAAACUGCUUCUCUGACGUUCCAUUCGGUUACGCAAGUUGGAUGACUUUUGACGCUUCACUCGCUACCACCAGCCAGUCAUGUGCAGUAGUGAAUUUUGCAUCUAAACUUGGCAAGUAUGCGACGAACGCCAGAAAACUAUUAGCAUGUGAAUCAAUUUGAUUUCUAUAAUCAAAGGAGAUCUUUCCAAGCAGACGAUUAAGGCAUUUUGCAUUGUCGACUAUAAAUUAUUCAUUGAGAACAUAUUUAUUGUGUGAAAUUUAAUAACUACGAUGGGUAAUCAGGGUCAAGAAACGGUUAAAAUUAAAAAUUUGCCGGAAAAUUCAAGAAAUUUAACACUUUUGUUUGCUUGAUUCGUGAUCUAUACAAUGGGGUGUGAGAAUAUUAAGGUGAAAUUCCCUUCUGGGAAAAUGUAUCAUGAUUUCCAAUAAGGAGACGGUGUUCACCGCUUGAUUAGUACGUGACCUUUGAGCUGAUUUUCUUUAAAAUAUAAACGGAAAACUGGAAAAUUUUAAGCGUUACUGAUUAAAUUUAAUUGGGAUUUUUUAAUUAAGAUCAAAACAAUAUUUUAAAAAUUUAUGUUACGCUUUACUUAAAUUAGAGCAGUGCAACAACCAACCAAUUUCUCUCAACAUGAUUUUCCGAUCAUUUUACUGUGUGUGCUACUAUAAUUUUGGCUUGUAUCUGUAAAUUUUUUAGUUUCCUUGGUGUUUUGGUGCAAAUAAA